CUCAGAGGUCAUAAAAGAGUCCAAAGAUCAGACAGACGUAGAAAGGAACAAAUAGGUUGACAGGAGAGCGGUUACCUUCCAGUCGUCUCCACCAGCAGAGCAGCAGCACCACCGCUCCCUCAGACAAACAGCUCCCUAGGAGUGAGGACAUCACCAUGGAGAUGAAAAGCAUCCUGAAAACUGGAAAGAGAGUGAGCAUCCUGACGGAGGAUCACAACACCACCCAGAGCAGCUCCAUCGGGCCUGUGCGCUGGACGUCUGCGCCUGUGGAGAGCACCCAGGCUCACAACUCGGCACCCAGCGGCACCACAAACAACGGCAGCCUCACACAAAACUCACAGCAGCACCCUCGUCAGACGGGUCUGAAGAACCUCCGCAGCCUGCAGGAGUGUGUGCAGUUCAUCCAUCACUGGAAGGAGCAGGUGGACCAAGUGUGCAAGGGAAGUGUUGAUACCAAGGAGGGCACCAGUAAGAAAGAAGCCCAAAGUACAGACCGGAGAACCGAGCGCAGUCUGGAGGAGAGCAGAAAACUGAUCCUGGAGUGGGCUGAUGAACUCCAUCAUGUCGACAAGCUCCUGAAGAAUACCUCCUGGGCUGAGAGUCAAGAAAAGGAAAAGAAAGAUAAAGUUCAGAAAGAGGAAGCUCAACUGAGGAUCAUGGAGUGGGCGAAGGAGCUGCAGGAGGCGACCGAGAGUUGUGGUGUGCAGAGUGAAGAGCUGGGGAAAGUGUUGCGCCUGCUCGGUUUGAAGAAGAAACGACUCGUCAACCUGCUGCCUCUGAUGGAGUUCAUCACCUGGUCUCUGCUCAAAGAAGACAGCACGAUGAUAGUUUCACAGCUGUGGUUACUGGCAAAGCAAAGGACUUGGAAAGCAGGAACUCCGAGAUACAUCCCAAACUCAGUUUGGAGUUGGAUUUGCAGCGCAGCAGCUGAUGUGAUCCUCGACCCAAAGACCAACAACCCCUGGCUGCUGCUGUCAGAAGACCAGCGUAGGGUUCAGGAGGCCCUCUCAGAGGCGGAUUUACCUUACAGCCCUCAACGCUUUGACAGCUGGCCCUGUGUUCUGGGCUGGGAGGGCUACAACAGCGGCCGCCACUACUGGGAGGUUGACAUAGCCAACAACGGCUACUGGCGCGUUGGCUUGACCACUGCAGAUUCCAAACGUGAAGGCCGUUUCCCCAUGACCCCGAAGCAAGGCUUCUGGACCCUGUGGCGCAGCACACAGAAGUUCUAUGCCUGUACCAAGCCAGAGACCCUGCUGCCCAACGCCCUCGUGCCUCGACGGAUUGGGAUCUACUUAGACUACGAAGAGGGCCAGCUCUCCUUCUACAACGCAGAAACAAAGACCCACAUCUACACCUUCACUGGGAGCUUCAGAGGGAAGAUGUAUCCUCUGUUUGCACCGCUGGAUGGUCGCACACUCAUGACGAUUAUCCCACCUAACACAAUCUCCACACACUGAGAGAGAUGAGUCUUAAAUAGCCCAUAUUAUGCCCUUU